UACAGAGUACGGAAUUUUUUUUUCGCUUCGCAGGGGAGAAAUAUUCUGGAGUGUAAAACCAUUAUUUAACAAGAUGACCUACAUAAAUUCAUGGGAGGAGUUCGUCAAAGCUGCGGAGAGAUUAUAUCUUUCAGAUCCAAGCAAGGUCAGAAUUGUUACAAAGUACAGACACUGUAAUUCCAAAUUGUCAGUGAAAGUUACAGACGAUCAAGUGUGUCUUCAGUAUAGAACAGAACACAGUCAGGACUUAAAGAAAGUGGAAAAGUUUACCAACCAGCUAAUGAGGUUAAUGUUGGCUAAGUGAUCCAUCAUCAAACAAGAUCACCAAGGACAGUUUAAACGUACGAGUGCAAUCUUAUUACAUGGAACACGAUGCACACAGAUGGGCUGCAAGGAACCUACUGCUGAGGGAUAUAGAUUCAAGAUAUUUUUUUUCUAUUUUUCCGUCGUAUGCAUGCAUUGACCUGUGGAUUUUCUAGAAUGACUUAAUUUGUUAGAUUCUCAAGUGGACAGUUUGCAGAUUGCACAACUUUAAACACUUUAUCAAUGACCCCACCCACUUCAGUUUGUUGUUGUUAAUAUAUAUUUCUACUGUUUACUAUUUUCUGAACUUCUUGUGUUAAAGAAGAAGAAAAAACUCCCAUCAGGCUAAUGAUGAAAGAAGUCACAUCUCCAGAAUAUAGAAAUUUUUGGAUUGAAUGAAGCUUUAUACUAUUAAUAAAAAAAUGUAAAUUAUAAUGAUGCAUGUAUAUUUUUUUGGUGGAAGGCAAUCAAAGGUACAAAUCAGGCACACAACUUUGAAGAAAGGUAUGUAGUUGAAUUUCAUAGUUCACAUGGAGUUGUCCAGUGUUAAAAUGGCAGUACAUGCAUUUCUAGUUGCAUAUGAAAUGUAUUUAACCAAACAAACAACCUCAAAAUAAUUUCAAGAUUGUCAUGUCUAUUGCAUGCUUUUCAAACAAUGUACCGAUAUAGAAUUUGUACUAUAAUUGGGUGUCGUGGUCCGCUUUAUGACUCAAAUCGAUUUUCAGAAGCUACUUACAUGCACAUAGUCAAGACCUACCGGUACAUACAUUGUCUACAAGAAUUACAUGUAUAUGUGUAAUCAUUGUAACCUGGCUUUCAUAAACUCUAAUUAAUAAUAUAUCAAAUGAAGGAGAAAAGUAUAGUCUUUGGUUUCCAUCUAGUUGCAAAUUGUUAUCAGUCACACAUGACUGAUUAUAAUUCAUUAAGUGUGAUAAUGCAUAUUUUCAUAUUUUUUGUGGUCAUUGAAGCGUAAUUUGAAAUGCUUCAAUGAUCAUGACUUAUUUUAUUUUUUCUGAGAGAUGAGAUGAGAUGCUUUCAUUUCAUAUAAAGUUCAGAUCCCUUUCACCUGUUUUAUUAUUUUGACAGGAAAUGAAAUAUUAAAAAUGAAACUAACUACACCCCUGUACAAAAGUCAAUGGGGCAACAGCAGUCAGGCAUCGAUUCAUUCAAAAUCGUUUAUGAAAUCUGUAAGAACAACUGAAAUGUUAAGAACUGUAUAUCAAAUGAAAUCAUAUCUCGUAUCACGAGGGAAAAUUGAAAUAAGUUGUGAUCAAUGAAGCAUUGCGCGGUAUGCUUCAAUAAUCACACCAAGGUCUGAAAAUAUGCAUUGUUGCAUUGUUUUCCAUUUUUAUAUCAAUUUUGACAGGAAAUGAAAUAUGAAAAUUAAAUCCAAUUACACCCAUUUUACAAAAUUCAAUGAGGCAACAGAAGUCAGAUAUCACUUUGUUUAAAAUCGUUAAUAUUAUCUGUACAGCUGCCUCAAAUAUUAAGAAUUGUAAUAUCAAAUGAAAGUAUCUAAUCUCAUCUCUCAGAAAAAUAGGGAAUAAGUCAUGAUUGACGAAGCAUUGCGCGCUAUGCUUCAAUAAUCAUAGCAAGCAUUAUUGCAUUAUUGCAUUUCAUAAUUGUUCAUGCGUUACCAAUCACAAUUUCCAACUAGGUGCAAAACAAUUGCUUUAUUUCCCUCUGUCAAAUGAUAUAUAAUUCAUUAUAUUUCAUGAUGGCUAACGUAGGAAUUUUUUGGUUCCAACAUAGUUUAUUUU